CAACUUUUCGUCUUUUCCGAGAACGAAAAGACGUGAAAAGGUGAAAGGAUGUAGACAGUAUUUUGUUCGCAUACUUUAUUACCUGCAAGAAGAGAUUUCUGCAUGUUGUCAAUCUGAUAACUGUUUUAUGAGGAUUUCUUUGUAUAUCUUCAUCUUUUAUGCUGAAUGCUGGUGUAUCCACAUUUUGACACUGCUGGUGUACAGCGAGACUUGAGAAACUUUGGAUUUGUGAAAAGGCAAUGAUAUAAUGAAUGUGUAUGCCUUGAAGAUUGUUAAAAUACUUCCAGUACUAACCUUAACUUUCACAAUUUUGGUGUUUUGUUUUACUGUGUGCAUUGAUAAUGCCAAUGGUAGCUUUGUCAUAUUCAUUCUUAUGUCUCUGGAAGUGUAUGUUAAUUGGAUAGCUAUAUAUCUCAUCAGUUACACAAAUACUGACAAUGAUGCUAAAGAUUCAAGAAUAACAAACAGUGUGCCUCACAAGAACAGUGUUAUAUUAGACAUGAAUCCAGUAACUUUGCCUACAGCAUAUGGAGGAAGGCGUGAUAAUUACAAAAGGUGGGAGACUGUAAGUAAAAGUAACAUGAAUCAAGGCAUUUCAUCACAGAAUAUAGAUAUUAGAAAAAUAUGGUAUUGUUCUAAAUGUCAUACAAACACACCAUUCAGCUGCCAUCAUUGCCCUUUAUGUAACAGAUGUAUUAUAUAUCGUGACCACCACUGCCUGUUUCUGGGAACUUGCAUCUGUUUCAAAAACAUGUGUCAUUUUAUAAUUCUUUGUAUGUAUGUCGGGUUAGUCAGUAUAUACGUGAACAUUCGCUUGUUUCCGCUCCUGUAUGAACAUUUUCAGAAGCAAGAGGAAGGCACCAUAACUUUAUGGCAUCUAAGUUCUAGGUGUUUCUUUCCUGUAGCAUUAGGCAGAUGGUUAUCUAGUCAGGAAGAUCUUUUGUUUCUUUCACUUGUAGCAAUGUUUGAUGUGUUGGUGUCUACUUCUGUCUUCACGCUAGGUUUUGGAAUGUAUCAUUUAUAUCUGGCUCUCACUGGACAAAGCCAGAUAAGACUGAAGGGAGGGAUUGAUAAUCGUAAUUCAUAUUCUAAAGGGAAAGUAAGUUUCAGAGAUUUCCAAAUUAAUUUUGCUGUGAUGUUUGGAAAAUGGGGGGCAUUGAAUUUUAUAUUUCCAAUUGUACUGUUAAAAAAAGUGUUGCACUUGAAAUAUUUUCAAAGGGAAUCUAAGUAUAACUGAAUAAUUUUAAAGAAUUUGUAACAGUAUGAAAAGGAAGAUUUACAUGCUGUUCAUACAGCCAUGGAUGUUUGUCCGCAUUUUCCUGUGUUGUGCUGUCCUGUGUGCAGGUAGAGGCCUUGCAAUGGGCCAAUCCCUCGUCCAAGAAGUCCUACCGAAUGUCUAUAGAUCGAGCCAACAAAAAGUUGGGACCCGCAGUGUUCAUGCACUUGAAGAACGGGUCGUUCCCAGUUCAUACAGUACUACUGUUGGAAUGCUUCCUUCUUUAUAAUUAAUUAAUUAUAAUUGUAAUUAAACCUGCUGUUAUAAAAUUCCAUAAGAUGGAAUACAUUACAUAAGUUUCUAUAUACUACAAUAUGAACACAAAUUCACUGACAACAAAGAGAAUCUUAUUGCUGGUACUUUGCAUGUUGUUUUCAUGUGGACAGAUUAGUGACAAGAAAUCUGGUUUUCACUGACUUAUUAUUGGAUUUUUGUUGAUUCUAGUGAAGGGUUAUAUCUAAAAUUAUAUUUGUAAGCUGCUCUAUUGAACAAUAUUGGCUUCUUAAUAAAACAUUUGUUGGAACAAAAUGUUAUGUAUAAAAUAAAUAAAAAAUGGCCAACAUGUUU